UUAGCAGCAGGCGCAUUUUAUUUACAAAAGUAAUUGAAACAUAAACGUUUAUGUGAAUAAUGUCGAAUGACAAGCGAACCGUUUAUGUUGGUGGCCUGGCCGACGAGGUCACAGAAAGGUUGCUGAACAAUGCGUUUAUACCAUUCGGUGAUAUUGCGGAUAUUCAAAUGCCGGUCGACUACGAGUCGCAAAAGCAUCGGGGAUUCGCCUUUAUUGAGUACGAGAACUAUGAAGAUGCCGCCUCUGCCAUCGACAACAUGAAUGAUUCAGAGCUAUGCGGCCGUACGAUACGUGUCAACUUAGCAAAACCUGUGCGCGUCAAGGAGGACAGCUUCAAGCCGGUCUGGGCGGAUGAUGACUGGCUGCAGAAGCAUGCGGGCGCCACACUAGAACCCGAGGGUGAGACAGAAGCAGAUAAGGACAAGGUGGAGACGCCGUCAACGGGGCCGGCGGUUAUUGAGAAGUCGGAAAAGCGCAAUCCCCAGGUGUUCUUCGACAUACGCAUUGGCGGCAAUGAUGCUGGACGCAUUGUCAUGCUGUUGCGCGCCGAUGUGGUGCCCAAGACGGCAGAGAACUUUCGCCAGCUGUGCACGCACGAGCAGGGCUACGGCUACAAGGGCUGCAUAUUCCAUCGCAUUAUUCCAGAAUUUAUGUGCCAGGGCGGAGAUUUCACAAAUCACAACGGCACCGGUGGCAAAUCGAUUUAUGGCAAGAAGUUUAACGACGAGAACUUCAAUCUAAAACACAACAGCUUCGGCACGUUAUCCAUGGCGAAUUCAGGUCCCAACACAAAUGGCUCACAGUUCUUCAUAUGCACCACAAAAACCGACUGGCUCGAUAACAAGCACGUGGUCUUUGGGCAUGUGAUUAGCGGCGCGGACGUUGUGCGCAAGAUGGAACGAUGCGGCAACAAGUCAGGCACACCUUCCCAAAAAAUCAUCAUCUAUGCCUGCGGUGAACUUAAGUGAAAGGCUGGCUUAA